AACAGAGCCACCCCACCUCUCUCUUUCUCUCUCUCACAAUACAAACCUAACUCAAACCAAACUCCUUUGCCCCCAUUUGUGGGUAUCAUCAGUUUCGUUCCAUCUUCUCUCCCUAUUCUCUGCAAACCCUCAAAGAAAAAAUAGAAAAAAUCUCCAGAAAUUAGAAAAAGAAUGGAUGCUUUGCACAACCCAGAUGUUGCAGGAGCAGCAGCAGGUUGUUUCAUGUUGGAUGGUGAAGACGACCUUCUCAACUUCUCCUUGGACGACGGUGAAGAAGAGAAAGAAAAUAAAAAUCCUUCCCCUUUUCUAAAAGACCCUUAUUCUUUUUCUCCUUCAAAUACCCUCAUUAGCCAUCAAGAUGAUGAUCUCAGCCGUUCACCUUCCUUCCCUGAGUUUGAGGAAGAACUGGAAUGGUUAUCGAACAAGGACGCAUUCCCGGCAGUGGAGACAUGCUUCGACCUUCUAUCUGAGACCCCGGAUUUUGAUGGAUUGAACCACCAGAGCCCGGUAUCCGUGCUUGAAAACAGCAGUAGUAGCAGCAAUAGCAAUGGUAGCAAUGGCAGCGCGGUAAUGAGCUGCUGUGGGAACCUUAAGGUGCCCAGUAGUUUCCCUGUUCGCCCGCGUAGCCAGAGAAGGAGGAGAAAACGAAGAUCAGGUUUUGGGGACUUGCCGAGCCAGGAAUGGCAGUGGUGGAAUCAUGUGAAUAUUAAGAGUAACAGGCAGGAAGUGGCAUUACCACCAGUGCCAGUGAAGGCAAAUACUAGUGCUACUAUUGGGAGGAGAUGCCUGCAUUGCCAAGCUGAUCAGACCCCACAAUGGCGCGCAGGCCCAAUGGGGCCGAAAACUCUUUGCAAUGCCUGUGGGGUGCGGUAUAAGUCCGGGCGUCUUGUGCCUGAGUAUCGCCCUGCUAGUAGUCCUACAUUUUCGGCUGCAUUGCAUUCGAAUUCUCAUAGGAAGAUAGUUGAGAUGAGGAGGCAGAAGCAACCAGGAAUGGGAGGAAUCAUGGCGAACGGGAGUUGUGGAUAUAGGGUAGGAUAGGGAUGGAGUAAUGCAUUAAAUUUUUUUCUGCUUUCUUCCUUUAUUUUUUUUUUAACAUAUAGUUAGGUUAGAGCUUAGGGUCUGUUGUAAUAGCGCUAGACGGUUAGAACCAUUUUUAUUUUGCUUCCAUCAAAUUCCAGUAGGGAAUUUUGACUUUAGUGUGCUUGGUUAUGAAUUAGACUAGAAAUGAAAAUUAAGAUGUUAUGGUUUUGGUUUUUGCCAUAGUUUA